AAACCCUUUAUUCUCUGCUCUUUCGCGACUUUUGUACUGUUCAAGGACUCGCGAUUGCUUGAGUUUUUUUCUAAAUCGGACAAAAAAAAAGGAAAUUAAGAACCCUAAUUUAAGGAGUUACCAAUGAGGAUGCUCUAAAGACUUUCAAAUACUCAUUCUCUGCAGAAAGCACAAAGAAAAAAAGGUUCCUGAAGCCCUUGUCCAUCGUGCUCUCCUUCUCUUUCUAUUGAGCUUUAUAUUCUCCUAGAAUUGUUACGGACAAGACACACGCCAUGAAGUCUGAUAAGAUUUCCUGAUUUUCUGAGUUUCCUUCUUUUUUUGGUUUUUGUUUUUGCUUAAAAUGGGAGACAACGCGGAUGGGGUGUUUGGCUUUAUUGUAAUUGACAUGAACGGGACUCUCUUUGGAACUCUGAGCGGCACCACCCGUGAGGUCCUUCACAAGUUCUCUGUUAAUCUUCCAAAGAUACACGGUAGAGGAGAAAAGGCAGCUCUUCAGUUUGCCCAGUUCCAUAAGGAGUGUCAGCUUUACAUUGAAAAUAUUGCUGAGCUCGCAACACAAUACUACAUCAAUCCUUUAACAGGUCAGCCUAAUGUGGCUGGGCUGAUACUUGCCGGUUUAGGAGAUCUGAAGAUUGAGUUGAGGCAGUCGCAUAUGUUUGAUCCAAGGCUUGAGACGAAGAUCCUGAAAGUGGUGCAUGUAUCACUUGGAGGAGAGCACGGUUUCAGCCGAGCUAUAGAGAUGUCAUCUGACCUACUAGGAGGUGUACGCUACAUUCAAGAGAAGCGUUUGAUAAGGAGGUUAUUUCAGGAGAUAAGGUUGGAGAACGGGAAGUACGUCGUUGGUGUGGAUGAUACGUUGAACACUCUAGGUGCUAUUGAGACGCUGAUUGUGUGGCAAGAUCUUGCUAUCAACAGAUAUGUGUUGAAUAAUAAUGCAACAGGCGAAACCGUGAUAAGAUACAUGGACAGUGAACAGGAAGGCAACGAAGAGAACUUCAGAGAUGGUAACAUUGAAUUGGUUGUGAUGGAGAAUACUCCGUUAGUGGAGUGGCUGGCAAAUGAACACAAUCGUUUUGGUUGUGUCCUAGAGUUUGUUACGGACAAUUCAAAUGAAGGUUCUCAGUUUCGUAAAGGUUUUGGAGGGAUCGGAGGGAUCCUUCAUCACAAUAUUAACUGAUGAAACCUCACCUUUUCCAAAAAAAAUGGACGGGAUCUCUUAAAUCUUGUGUUCUUUUUUUUUGUUUUCUUUUUUGAACUCUUAGCUUACUUUCCAAAAGGUGUUAACGUUAUGAAAUAAUUCGUGUAUUUAAGCAUGAUGUGCUACUGUAGCAUAAAUUUCGCAUAGAUA